AUGAAGAAGAAAAAACAUGAUGCCAUUGUUUGUGAACCUAAACAACUUCUGAAUCUCUCUCCCAAAGUAACAAAUUGUUGCAAAUCACUGUGGUUGAAAUACAGUUUUCAGAAGGCUUACAUGACCCGACUUGUCAGCUCCCAGCCAGGUUCAGGCAUGUCAAGGAACCCAGAUCACAACCCACCUUCUCAGCCCAUGGAGAAUAGCAUUGGCCAGAACCAUCACCAGGAAGAAAUAAUCCACAAGUUGGCCAGGCAGCUGAGAAACAUUGGGGACAGCAUCGAUCAUAGAAUGGUUCAAGAGGAUUUUCAACAAGAAGGCAGAGCUAUCCUGGCUCAUUUUGUCUUAGUUUUCUUUGGAGGAGUUCACACGUUGUUGCGCUUUCUCUGUUAUAACCACGUGAUGUAAAAGGAAUGUAAAUGUCAGGUUCUGCUUUCCUUCCACCCUCUGAGAAAAUAUGCAUCCCACCGGGGCAGAUGGAAAGAAGACCCGUCUCUACCUCCUCUGUUUUCACGCAUCAUUGUUGCUUUGUGCCUGGUUGUUGGAGAACUGCGGGCUCACUGGCCAUUUGUCUGUUCACUGGUCAACGAGCGAUGAGAUGUCUAUGACUGCCUCAUGGUAGAGCCCAAGGAACUUAGGAACCCAGGAGGCCUUGCUGCUUAGGAAACACCAGUGCUGUGGAGAGAUCCAGUGCUCCUUGUAAGGAAACCUUGAACAUUUCCUCUUAUGAGGGAAAUUGAACCUCAUCCCCAAACCAGAGGUCACAGGAAUGGGUGCUUUCUCCUGGGCCCCCUCCCUGGGUACCAGGCCCUCCAGCAGCCUGUUGACCCCACUCUCAUUGCCCAUGUCCAGACCUGCAGUGCCCCGUCCUCUUUUUACCUUUCUGUCUACCUCAUAUUCCUCCCUCCACCCUUUGAGAAGU